AUGGCUAGCGAGGCGUGCUGCAAAUUAGCGCCUGUUUCAGCUGACUAUGACCCAAAGGGAAAAUACGAAGUCAUUGCCGGCGUCAACACCUACAUUGUCGGACCUGAGGAUGCUAAAAAGGGUAUCAUUGAUGUUUACGACAUCUUCGGCAUCUGGCCUCAGACUAUCCAAGGCGCUGACCGUCUGUCCGCCCAGAGCGGUGCUCUGGUUCUGGUUCCUGACUUUUUCGAUGGCAGCGGUUUGGAUAUGAAUGUCAUCCCCAAUGAUACAGAAGAAAAGACCAAAAAGGUGCAUGAGUUCAUCGCCACCAAGGCCAACCCCGAGACCAACGUAGCCAAGAUUUUGGCUAUCCGCAAGGAGCUGUCUGAGAAGUACCCUGCCAUCGAGGGCCAUUGGGGACUCUUCGGCCUGUGCUGGGGUGGCAAGCUGACUGUUCUGGCUUGCGGAGCGGGCAACGAGGGCGUUGGUCGACGAUUCGAAGCCAGUGGAACUGCUCAUCCUGGUAUGCUUGAUGAAGCUGAUGCCAAGGCCCAGACGGCUCCUCACAUCCUGCUUGCGUCCAAGGACGAGCCCGCCGACAAGGUUGCCUUGUACAAGGAAGUCAUGGGUGACAAGGCCGAGGUCACUACCUAUGAGACUAUGCACCACGGCUGGAUGGGCGCCAGAUCUGACUUGAAGAACGAGGAGAACGUCAAGGAGUAUGAGCGUGGAUACAAGCAGGCCGCCGAUUUCUUUGCCAAGCAUCUGUGA